ACCAUUUUAGCAGCUCUGGAGGAAUAAUUGUAAUUCGGCCCAUUCGGUCCAAAACUAUUGUUUGCGAUGGAUCUUUUCCAAAGUUGCCGUCGAGGUGACCUCGAUCGAGUCAGAUAUCUUGUGGAGAGCGGAGAAACAGAGUUGAAUCUUCGAGAUUGCUGGGACAGCACACCACUAUAUUACGCUUGUCUCUGUGGACAUCAUGAGUUGGUGGAGUACCUCUUACAAAACGGGGCCCGUUGUGCUCCGAACACAUUCGACGGAGAACGUUGUUUGUAUGCGGCGUUGACGGACAAGAUCAGAAGCCUCCUCAAGAGCUACAAGGCUAUUACAUCUGAAUGCAUGAGAAGAGAUUCCUACAGGGAAUUUCUGAGAAGAUGUCUAGAGGACUCGCCGUACGCAGAUGUAUGCUUCAUAGUCCAUGGUGUUCCUCUACCUGCUCAUCGCUUGAUUUUGUCUGCACGCUCCUCGUAUUUCGCCAAAAUGUUUAUGAGUAAAUGGCGUGAUCGUCCUAUCAUCGAACUGAAGAACAAACUGUUUGUAUUUCCUUUUCAGCAAUUCCCAAAGCAGUUUCCAUUUGAGAUAUCUUCCGAUGUUUUCGAUGUUUCAGUCGUUUGCGACGAACCGCCUGUGUACUCUGAUGUGUGUUUCAUCGUUGAGAAUCACAGAUUCUAUUGUCAUAAGGUAUUUUUCUGCGGAAGGAGCGACUAUUUUCGAGCGUUGUUAGACGGUCACUUUUCGGAAUCCACCUCGCCUGGCAAACAAUUAUUUAGUGCGUCUAUUCCUGAAGUUUACCUCAAUGAUGUAACACCAGACGUGUUUGCCGCUGUUGUAGCUUUCAUUUAUCAAGAUGAAGCUUUGGUAACUGAAGAAAAUGUUUACAAUGUACUUUGCUUUGCUGAUAUCUAUCUACUGAGUGGCUUGAAGCGCCUCUGUGCACGUGUAAUUAGCGCGUUUCUCGACACAGAAAACGUUUUGACGGUUUUUAGGACGGCGCGUCUCUUCAACCUACCCAGACUUGAAGUAGACUGCUGUGAAUACAUGAGUAAACAUCUAGAAAUGUUUCUUGAUAACAAGGAAUUUCAUGCGCUGAUUCUGGAGGAUGCAUCUUCUGUUCGAGAUCGCCAACAGACGGACUCCAUCCCUGUUGUGGACGACAUUCGCUUUCAUCUGUACAAAGGCGUUCUACCAAGCAUCACGUCAGAUGAAGAAGAAAGUGGACAAUUUGACAGUGAAACAAAACUGAAAAUGCUCAGUGAUCUAUUGAUUGAUCUCGGUAUCGAAUGCUAGACAUCAAUCCAUUGACAAAGCCGCAAUUUCCCUUUAAGUGGUUGCAGUUUUUCUCAAGAUGUAUUAGACAUGUGUCUAAUAUCAUUCGCAAGUCGCAAAAAGGAUUGGAUCAAUUUCAGUAGCUUUGCAACUGGGCACGUACUCUUCGCCUAAUCCGACAUUAACCAUGACCAGGAGCCCAUUACCCGGAGCUUCCAUCUUCCAUACUUACCCUCUGAGUCAACCUUUUCCCGUAUCUUUUUAUUUUUAGAAGCACCUCUCAUGGGGUUUUUCGCGGGUGUUUACAUAGUCGCCAAUCAUAAGAGAGCCGUGGUCCUCUAUUGUUUACGUUACAUGCAGAGAAGAAAUAGAGGUCAGCCUUCGCCUUUGGCCGCCAUUUUUGUAGGGUGUUAUGCGAACGUCAGCGUGUUUUCGCGGGAAAUUAAAGAACCCCUCCCCAAUAUCUCAGUUCUAAAAAUAGAAAGAUACGAGACAGGGUUGAUUCAAGGUUACAAUUGGUAUGGAGGCUCAGGGUAAUAGGUUCCUGCCCUGACUUAUUAUUAGUGGACUGUUGUUAAGUUAAGGGAGGCGUAGGUGCGCAGUUGCUCAGAUACUGAUAUUGAUCCGAAAGGUUUUAAAAGAACAAUUUAGAGUACAAUAAACCUAAGGGCGUAGUUAGGGAAGGGGGAGGAGUCCUGGAGUGCCCGUGACCCCCCUCCUUUUGUAAGUCUUUUGAGUAAAAAACACAGUGUGGAGGUCGACAUGAAAAUCAGGUGAGUACCCUGUUUGACACCGUGU